UUCGUUCUUCUUCAUUAUCAUUAUAGAAUAUUUGCUUUGGCACAACUUCAACCAAAACAAGCAUGGAUCUUUUCUUAGCCGCCUUUUACUUCAUAACAUCUGCUCUUUUCUUGAUUUUAGUAUUUGUUCUUGCUACUGUUUUGAAAGUAUACUCCGGAAAGUCGAUUGGCAAUCCAAAUUAUCCUCCUGUGGAAGGGACAGUCUUCAAUGAAUUGUUUUACUUCAACACAUUAUAUGAAUAUUUUACUGAAAUUGCCAGAAAACAGCCCACCUUUCGCAUUCUAACUCCUGAUCAGAGUGAAAUUUACACAACAGAUGUCAGAAACAUCGAACAUAUUCUUAGAAUAAAAUUUGACAAGUACACAAAAGGUGAUCAUGACAGAGAUAUACUUGGAGAUCUGUUUGGGGAAGGAAUCUUUGCUGUUGAUGGAGAUAAGUGGAGGCAGCAGAGGAAGCUGUCGAGUGUCGAGUUCUCAACCAGGGUCCUCAGAGAUUUCAGUUGUGCUGUUUUCCGUAGAAGUGCUGCAAAACUUGUUAGGAUUAUUUCGCAGAUAUCAAAGGCAAAUAACAUUUUCGACUUCCAUUCCAAGGUUGCUUCCAAGUCGGUUCGCCGUGGGCCUGCCAAUUUGGUUCGUCAGUUCACCCAUGACGUUCGCUCAUCCUCAAAAAGUGUAGAAGAUGCUUUGAAGAUCCAUCAAUCUGGCUGGAAUCUUCAGAAAGGGGAUGGAACUUGUAGCUCUUUAACUGGAUGGAGUUCCGGUAAAGGCAAUUCCAGUCAGUUUCCUAGGGUUUCAAACCCUGCAGCUGUCAUGGCACCAGUAACCGGAGUCUUCACUAGAAGUAUUUCAAGCAUGACUCUGAAAAUGGGAUCUAAUGAAGUCCUGUCUCAAGGAUCCAGUUUGCAGCUGCUCUCAAAAAGGAACUUUUCAUCAAGUGCAGAUCUGCCACCUCAUCAAGAAAUCGGCAUGCCAUCUCUUUCUCCUACUAUGGAAGAGGGGAAUAUUGCUAGAUGGGUGAAGAAAGUAGGAGAUAAAGUAUCUCCUGGUGAUGUAAUCUGUGAAGUCGAAACAGAUAAAGCGACAGUUGAGAUGGAAAGUAUGGAGGAUGGUUAUAUUGCCCAGAUAGUUAAAGGAGAUGGCGCACAAGGAAUUAAAGUUGGCGAGGUGAUUGCUAUCACCGUAGAAGAUGAGGCAGAUAUUGAGAAAUUCAAAGAUUACACACCCUCCAAAUCAGAAACUGCUGUUCCUGAACCCGAGAAACCAUCUGAACCUGAAGCUUCUGAACAAAAAACAGCUCAGACUCCUCCUGCUGUACCCAAGGAGAAGAAUGCUCCAUCUAGUCAAAAAUCACCUGGUGGGGAUCGCAUAUUUGCUAGUCCCCUUGCAAGGAAGUUGGCUGAAGACCACAAUGUUUCUUUGUCAAGCAUAAAGGGAACAGGUCCUGAUGGAAACAUUAUCAAAGCUGACAUUGAAGAUUACUUGGCAUCUCGAGGCAAGGAAUCACAAGCAUCUGUACCUAAGACUGCUGAAGGAGCUGGAAUGGACUUCUCAGAUAUUCCUCAUUCUCAGAUAAGAAAGGUCACAGCUGCACGCUUAUUAAUGUCAAAGCAAACCAUUCCUCAUUAUUAUCUGACAGUAGAUACUUGUGUGGACAAACUUAUGGAAUUGCGAAGCCAAUUGAAUUCAUUACAAGAAGCUUCUGGAGGGAAGAGGAUUUCUGUUAAUGAUCUUGUGAUCAAGGCUGCUGCUCUGGCACUGAAGAAAGUUCCUGCAUGCAAUAGCUCUUGGAACAAUGACUAUAUUCGCCAGUAUCACAAUGUGAACAUCAAUGUAGCAGUGCAAACUGAGAAUGGUUUAUAUGUUCCAGUUGUCCGGGAUGCUGACAAGAAAGGUUUAUCCAAAAUUUCUGAAGAAGUUAAAUUUUUGGCCCAAAAAGCAAGGGAUAAUAGCCUGAAACCUGAACAAUAUGAGGGUGGCACUUUUACUGUGUCAAACUUGGGAGGACCUUUUGGAAUCAAACAAUUCUGUGCAAUUAUUAAUCCUCCUCAGGCGGCCAUUCUUGCAGUUGGCUCUGCUCAAAAGAGAGUUAUACCUUCGGAUGAUGGUGUUAACCAAUUCAAAUUUGGCUCCUUCAUGUCCGUUACACUAAGCUGUGAUCAUCGUGUCAUUGAUGGUGCCAUGGGUGCAGAAUGGCUAAAAGCAUUUAAAGGCUACAUCGAAAACCCAGAGUCAAUGAUGCUGUAGAUUUGAUUUUUAGUUUAUGGUUUUUCCUUAUUUGGGCUCAAGUUAAUUGAUUGAAUGCUUUGAUUUUACUUCCACUAGCAUCUUCUGAGUUCACAGUUGUUUUGACAUAAAGGAGCAAGGGAGUCAUGGCUCUAGGAGCUCAGGGUACUCGUGGCAAUCGUGUACAAUUUUGUAAUAAUGAGGGGAUGAAUCUUUUGCAAUUUGACAAAUUGAUUUUCCCAAGUGAAAUAUAGGAGGCUUCAAAGUACGAAGGUUUAAAUGCCUUCUGUUGAUUGAUGAGUGGAAUUUCUUCUUUAGCCUAAACAAUUUUGAAAAUUAGUGUACCUAUAUUUAUAUAAUUGUUAAGUAUAUUUUUAAAAUCAUCACAA